AUGAAUUCACCGAAAAAGGACGGAGAUGAUGAUGUGCCCGUUAAAGACUCGAUAAAAUACGGCGAACUGGUCAUUUUGGGGUACAAUGGCUCUCUUCCCAGCGGCGACCGCGGACGGCGAAAGAGCCGCUUCGCUUUGUACCGGCGCGGCAAAGCCAAUGGCGUCAAGCCUAGCGCUGUGCACAUCCUCAACACGCCGCAGGACAGCAAGGCUGUGCACAGCAGGGGGCAGCACAGCAUCUCUUUCACGUUGUCCCGCAACCAAACAGUGGUGGUGGAGUAUUGCCAUGACAACAAUACUGACAUGUUCCAGAUUGGGCGCUCAACAGAGAGUCCCAUUGACUUUGUGGUGACGGACACCUCCGGGGGGGCUAAGGAGGGUGAGGAUCCCUCCAUAGCCCCCAGCACCAUCUCACGUUUUGCCUGCCGCGUGGUGUGCGAGCGCCACCCGCCAUACACGGCGCGCAUCUACGCCGCUGGCUUUGACUCCUCCAAAAAUAUCUUCUUAGGGGAGAAGGCGACCAAGUGGAAGAACCCAGACGGCCAUAUGGAUGGGCUGACCACUAAUGGCGUGCUGGUUAUGCACCCCGAGGGCUUCCCAGAAGAUCCCAAGCAGGGUCUGUGGCGUGAGAUCUCUGUCUGCGGUGACGUAUAUGCCCUGAGGGAGACUCGCUCUGGACCCAGCAGGGGCAAACUUGCAGAAGGUGAGAGCAGCGCGUUACGUGACGGCUCAUUAGUGGACUUGUGCGGCGCUACCUUGCUGUGGCGCACGGGCGAAGGCCUCAUGCGUGCUCCCACUCUGCGCCACUUGGAGGCGCUCCGCCAGGAGCUGAACGCGUCUCGGCCGCAGUGCCCCGUUGGCCUCAGCACAUUGGCCUUUCCUAGCUUGCCACGCAGCCACAGCCUUGAAGAACGUCAGCCCUGGGUUUACCUCACCUGCGGCCACGUCCACGGACGCCACGACUGGGGCCAGAGAUCCGAGGCAGGCGAGGAGGAGCCCUUAGAGGGCGAAGGCUCCACGACGCGGCGGGAAUGCCCGCUGUGCCGCAGCGUUGGCCCCUACGUACCACUGUGGCUGGGCUGCGAGCCGGCCGUGUACGUGGACGCCGGCGCCCCCACGUACGCCUUCGUGCCGUGUGGCCACGUGUGCUCGGAGAGGACAACCAGGUACUGGGCGGACACCCCGUUGCCCCACGGGACGCACGCUUUCAGACCCGUGUGCCCCUUCUGCUCCGCCGCACUCAGCACACCUGGGUGGACGCGACUCAUCUUCCAGGGUCCCAUCGACUAG